AUGACAGGUCCUCAAUUCGCUGCAAAGCGCGAUCCCUAUGAAGUGCUGGGUGUUAAGAAGGACGCGUCCUCUAGCGAGAUUAAAAAAGCAUACUAUGGUUUGGCGAAAAAGUACCAUCCAGACACCAAUAAGGAUAAAGAUGCACGUGAGAAGUUUGUGCAGAUUCAGGAAGCCUAUGAAAUCUUGUCGGACGAUCAAAAGCGUCAACAGUACGAUCAAUUUGGCCAUGGUUUUGACGGUGCAGCAGGCGCAGGCGGACCUGGUGGUUUCCAUCAAGGCGGCGGAUUCCCGGGAGGCUUCGAUCCCAACGAUAUCUUUAGUCAAUUCUUUGGUGGCGGAUUUGGCGGAGGAGGAGGAGGCGCUGGCGGAUUUGGCGGUGCCGAUCCCUUCCGCAACGUGGCUGGCGAUGAUAUUCAGGUUCCUUUGACUUUGACGUUUAUGGAAGCGGUCAAGGGUACGACCAAAUAUGUCACGGUGAAUAAAGUCACUGGAUGUAAUACAUGUCACGGCAGUGGUUUGAAGGCCGGUAAGCAGAAGCAACAGUGUCGAGUGUGUCACGGUACUGGUGUGCAAGCCAUUGCCAUGGGUGGUUUCCAUAUGCAAACCACUUGUCAGGCGUGCGGUGGUGCCGGUUCGUCCAUUCCUCCUGGUGCAGGAUGCACAAGUUGUAACAGCGUCGGCAAAGUACGUGAACGAAAGUCCGUGCAAGUCAACGUUCCGCCGGGUGUCGAUCACACGUCGCGCAUCUGUGUUUCGGGCGAAGGUGAUGCACCCAUCAAGGGUCACGGUCCCAAUGGCGAUCUUUUCGUGUCCUUGAACAUUUUGCCGUCCAAGAUUUUCCGACGACAAGAUGCAGAUAUCUUUGUGGAUGCGAAAAUUCCGUUCUACAAAGCUAUUUUGGGUGGCAAGGUGCGCAUCCCUACAGUGGAUGGAGAUGUCGAGUUAAAGAUUCCCAUGGGUUCGCAACCGGGUGAUAACGUUGCUCUCCGUGGUCGUGGUGUGCAGCGAUUGCGCAGCACCAUGCGUGGCGAUCAGAUCGUGACCAUCAAGGUCGAAUUACCAAGAAAUAUCAAGGGCGAACAGCGCGCGAUUAUCGAAAAGUAUGCCAGUUUGGUGGAUCCUGAAUAUCGUGUGGAUGACCCACCUACGCCUCCUCCCUCUCCUCCUCCAUCCGAACCCCCGAGUUCAGGUGCAUCCGCAUCAAAGGGUGACGACCCUGUUUCGAAAAAGAAGGACCAUGAUGUCAAGUCCUCGAGCGAUGAAAAGUCAGGCAAGAGUCACGAUAAAGAAUCAAAAGGUUUUUUCAAAAAGCUAAAAGAGAAACUUUGUCAUGAAGAUGACAAAAAGGAUGAUAAGAAAGACGAUCAAAACUAG